CCACAUAGCUCCAUCUUUUUCGGAUCCUUGUGGCCAGCCGUGUCCCCUCGCCGGAAACCCGCUCAGUCCGCUCUCUGCUCUCAGCCUGCUGAAAUGGCCAAGCCACGAGUUUUCUUUGACGUCGCCCACAACGGGGCGCCCAUGGGCCGCAUCGUGAUGGAGCUCCGUGACGACGUGGUGCCCAAGACGGCCGAGAACUUCCGCGCCCUGUGCACCGGCGAGAAGGGCUUCGGCUACAAGGGCUCCACCUUCCACCGCGUCAUCCCCAAAUUCAUGUGUCAGGGCGGAGACUUCACCAACCACAACGGAACCGGUGGAAAGUCCAUCUACGGAAACAAGUUCGCCGACGAGAACUUCACCCUGAAGCACACCGGCGCCGGCAUCCUGUCCAUGGCCAACGCCGGGCCCAACACCAACGGGUCCCAGUUCUUCAUCUGCACAGAGAAAACUGCAUGGCUGGAUGGGAAGCACGUGGUGUUCGGCUCUGUGAUGGAGGGUUUAGACGUGGUGCGUAAGAUGGAGGAGCUGGGCUCCCAGAGCGGCAAAACCACAGGCAAGCUCACCAUCGCUGACUGUGGGCAGCUCUGAGCUCCACCCUGACCUUCCAGCUCGCCCUGUAGCCACGCCUCCAUAGGCCCCGCCCCCUCCCUCCUCCACCACCAUUCAACAUUCCUCUUGAUGGAGAUCAGACCCCCCUACCACCUCCUUUUUUUUAUUCUGUUCUUGUUGAAAUCAUGUUGCUGCAUUUGUGACUUUGCCUUUGAAGUUUCUUUUGCAUUAACGUUUUUUUCCACAAAGUCCCAACGUUUUUUUUUGUUAAGUCAAAAAAAUGAAGAAAAUAAAACAGAAAAGUUGCCUUGACAAUUAAA